CUCGGCCUCCUCCGGCCUGGCGAGCUGGUCGACGCGCUCCUCGAGCGGCUGCCGCGGCUGGUGGGGCGGGGCGGGGGCGGGGGCGGCGCCACGAAGGUGAAGAGCCCGAUGAGAAGAACACAUCAGCAUGCAAGUACAGCAGAAGCAUGGGUGCUGCGCCCCAGGCGGCGCUCUUCACCUUCGUCACCGGCCUCGGCGCGUGCGGCGAUCAGCUCGCCGUACGGUCGGGGGGGGGGACGCACGCGCCGCUGCGAGACGACGAGGCCCUCGCCGCCACCCGCUCGCUGCUGCGCUCCGGACGGCCGUCGCUCGUGAUCAACGACGCAAAGUUCCUCGACUCGCAGUUUGGUGUCGCGGCGCGGAGGCGGCUCGGCUGCGCGGCCGGCGGGCUCUUGCUGGCUCUGGUGGCGGAGGAGGCUUCGGGCGCCGGGGGGGAGCGAGACAGCGCGCUCCUCCGGCCGCUCGGCGCUCGCACUAGCCCUACAGUGCACGACUCUUUGACGCUCUCUUGACGGUCUCCCCAUAUCUGACCGUAUCUCACCCCCUCCGGGUGGCUGCAUACCACUGUUGUGUCUCGCGUUGCGGGGGGGGGGAGCGGAAGGAGGAAGCUCUUCCCACUCCGCCGUCUCCCGCCGUAUCCCCCCGGAAGGAGUUGCCCGAGAUCAGGCGAGAUCAGGCGAGCGGCCCCCCGAGACCUAGGCGUCCUCGAGGUCCUGACCGCGGCCCCGCUGAGCGCCGCG